AUGCACCAACCGGAACAUCCUCCAGAUUUUGUCCUCUACUAUGCACACGGUGGUGGAUUCUUGAUGGGCUCAAGUUACUUUUACCUCGAAUUCCUCAUGGCCUGGCAUCAUCUCCUUGUUGAGGCUGGAUAUAAUAACCCUGCAAUAUUUGCACUCGAGUACACUUUGGUGCCUGAUCAGGUUUACCCAAGGCAGGUCCUGGAGGCACUUGAAGGUUACAAGCAUGUCCUUGAAGUCGUACAAAACGCAUCCAAGAUUUGCGUUUCGGGAGAUUCGGCUGGCGGCUCGUUGAUUCUCAGCCUGUUGCUUGAGUUGGGCGCUCAGGCUGGCAACCAAGAUAAGAAGGGCAUCAAGGUCAACAUCCGGGGCGCCCUCUCAGAUGCGGAUCCACCUCAUCUGCCUCUCCCGCGCAUGGCUACACUGAUUUCGCCGUGGAUAACACUGAUGUCCAGUUUACACUACAGCUCCAAGAGUGAUUUUUUGGACAAGAGAACCUUAUGGAAAUAUGCACACGAGUAUGCGGGAGAGAACAUGGUCCAACAGCAACCGGCUUCUCCUGGUGACUGCGUCGAUGAGGGGCUCUGGAGAGCAGCCAGUCCCGAACGAGGAUACUUCAUCGUCUUUGGAGAAGAAGAAGUAUUCGCACCGGAUAUUGAAGAGUUUCUCAAGCGACAAGCCAAGAUUGGGAUUCAAGCUGAAGGGCAGAAAUUCGACGGAGGAAUUCAUGCGUGGCCAGUAGCCUCACUAUUCCUAUCCAGUACGGAGGAUAAGAGGCUGCAAGGGCUUCGAACUGCUGUCAAGGAGAUUAGAAGACGAAUGCUUGAAUGGGGUACGCUGAAUGCAGAUAGAGUAUAA